GAAGUGUGGACUCGAGUGAUCACUUCAGCACAAUGAUGCGCCUGCUCCUCGCACUUGCUGCCAUCGCGGCCAGCCCUGCUAUCGCUGGUUUGCUUGAUGCGGGUACCGUGGGAAACAAGUUCAUGGUCACCUACAGCAUCGUCCCCGACCCCUUACACGCGUUCAGCUUCUACUCCAUGCCCCGCACUAUCCGCGAGGCCAAGAAGGAUUCGUUCUCCCAGGUCACUAGCAACGACGAAGACAAGACAACAGUGUGGUGCCGCAAGAACGACUACCGUGUGUGCGUACUUUUCGACCAGCAGGGCAGCGUCGCAGGAAUCCAAGUGUCGAUACGUUAUGUUGAGCUGAAUUCAAAGGACUCUGCACCUGGUCUCAACGAGCUGUUGACACCUGAGUGGCGUCGUCAGCUCUUCCUCGGCAAGGACGUGUGGACCGCUACGGCUUACUUCGUGUCGAAAGAAUUGCUGCAGAGCGGAGGCCGAACGAUGGACAAAAACACUCUGACUGCACCCGAUGGCAUCUUCAUCCAGCAAGUGGACAUUGACAACAAGGAAGUCGGCCGCCUCGCGGUAUCUGGCACUGAGUCCAACGCUACUGCUGCUGGUUUUACCGAGCAGGCUUGCUUUUACGGCAUGGGAAAACACUACUUCCAAGAGUUAUCGAAGACAUCUCAAUGCGAAAAUCACCGCCCAUUCUUCUUGCUGUAUGGACCCAAGACAAGCAAGCUGAAUGGUUUCGGUUUUACCUGGUACGGCAAACCAAGCCAGGGCCGCGGCUGGUUUGAAGCUCCUCCAGCGCUUGUUGCAAAGCAAAUUGCGCCAAACUCUCCUGACUGCAUGAGCAAGUGGAUUAACAAGUACGGCAUGUUCACUCUUCACGUGUUCUUCGUCGAACGCCCAUGGUACACCAAGUGUUGUUAAGUUACACAAUAAUAACGCUAGGAAACGUAAACUUUUCAAGGAAACAAAUUAAAGAUUGUUGCGUUCGAAACUAAA